AUGAUUUUGAAAUGUGUAGUGUCUUUACGAUUUUGCCCUCAGUGUUGGUGCUGUACAUUUCCCCGUUUGCUCUCGCCUCAACGUUUGUCUCUUCCGUCGCUUCGAUUUGUUUUCUUUCGUUUUGGGCUUGGUUUCGCCACAGAGAUAGUGUGUUCGAUUUUCUCAGCAAUUUUAACUCGGAGGUUAACUGUGUUCGAUUUUCUCGUCGCUGCGGUGGAAUUGUGGUGGGAGAAAGAGGGGAGAGGUAGAGGUGAUUUGUGCUCCAUUUUGAUUUACUAUUGGAUUCGUCAUCAGCCUGGAGAGUUUUGCAAGUUGGCAUGCCAAGUUUCCGAAAUGGGUGCAAUUUCGCAGCUGGAGGGGCUACUACACUUCCAGCAACUGCAACAUCCUGUCUGCCCCUUUUCAUUUGGGAUUCAGGUCUCUCAGUUUUCGGGAUUCAAAGCCCAGGCUCUUCAAUUGCUAGCUGCUAAAGUAAAGGAGGAAUAUGAGGACGAACUCUGGUCUGCUAACUCCUUCAGAUCAGCUGAGGUAUUGCGUAGGGUUGUUGCAAGCGUGAGAUUUUACACAUCCAUACGACAGCUCCUCAAAUGAGAUGCCAAACGAGCUGUUUCCUGCCGCCAAUUAUGCAACUGACAUGACAGAAUCAACUGAGGACACUUCUAAGGAGUUAAUGUAAAGUAGUUGGUUCUAACUGCAAACAUAUAAAAUUUUUGCUCGAGUCUAAUCAUAUUUUGCUAAAGUAGUUGGUUAGCAUCUCUUAUUUGAAAUUUGUAAAUACACAUCUGGUCAAGAUACCAGAUUUUGGAAUCGGUAAAACAAUACCAUCUUCCGUUAUAUAAUACAUCUAAUGUUUGUAAUUGUUGUCUUACAAUGCAUAAAUGAUAUAACCACAGCAUCGCGCGGGCAUCAACCCUAGUUUGCUAUUCUAA